AUGUCAGCUCCUUACUACACAGGUCAGAGCAGCGCCUCUGGUUCACCAUAUCGACCUGACACAGCGGAUGUCUCUUGGGAUCACAGCAGACCUUCCACCGUCGGCGAGACACGGCAAGACAUGUAUGCACAGAUGCCUGCUGACGGCUCUACAUCCUCACAGCAGCUACGACCUGAGCCUCUGCAGCCAACGCAACAACACGCUGAAGUCGUCGGUGGACAGAUGGGCGCCUAUCUCGGUCAGAAUGUCGUCACUCCUCGUCAGUCCGUCUUUCCUCGAGGUCAGAUCGAGGGUUCGUCCCACUUUGGCGUUCAAGGAGCGAUGGACAGCUAUGACCACGCUGCUCAAGGCGUUAUGCCUGCAGACACUCCCCGCGCUGCUCACUUUGGUGGCGGUGGCUUCGAUGCUUCCAAGAUGAACAUGGCCGGUGCACACACUUUCGCUCCAGCAACCAACUCUGCUUGGCCCAGCACGUUUCAGCAACAUUCCGCCGAUGCCGCCGCCUACAGUCGAUACGCUUAUCCGACGCAAACCGGUUCAAGCUCGUGGUCGACCUCAGCUGGGAUGUCCAUGUCACACAACAUCAUCUACGACACUUGUUCGUCCUCUGCCAACACCAGUCCCAACCGUUCCCAGACGUACUACGACGUGUCGGGUGAUCAGUUUGAUCAUAGCAAUUACGGUUCGCAUAUGGGCUCGCAUACCUACCCGAUGUACGGCGAUUCGACUUCCAAGAUGGGCAGCUCGGGCGCAUACAUUUCCGCUUCGCAACCAGAGUACCCUCCUGAGGAGAUCGACAGCAUGCUCGAUCAGGUCUCGACGCUCUACAAAACGGCUAACACCAAGAAGAUGGCUGAGUUCUACCGCGAUAAGUGGGCUCGCAUGUGGCUCACUUGCAACUACACGCUCAAGCCAUCGAUUCAGAUCUCGAUCCCACGUACCAUCUUGCACGAGUCGUAUCGUCGAGCUUGUGACUCGUUCGGUCUUGAACCGCUUCAAGCCGCUUCGUUUGGCAAGGUGCUUCGCAGCCAAUUCCCUGAUGUCGCACAACGGCGUCUGGGAGGCCGCGGCAAGACACGCUUCCACUAUUGCGGUUUCGGCACAUCCAACGAGCGCGAAGCGAUCAAGGUCAAAUCUCUCCUCGAAGAUGAAAAAGCGGGCAAGCUGCAACUCAGUGCUGGUCUCAGUGCCGAGUAUGCCUCGGAAGCACGAGCCAAGGCUCGAUGCGAGGGUCAACAUGGCGAGUCAUCAUCCUAUCGCAAUAACCAUUCGUCCGAAGGAUCACCAGUAGAGGCUCAAUCAUCUCGCUCUACUCAGUUCGACAACUCGCCCCAUGCCUCCUCAGAAAGCAGCACGUUGGGCAACAACCCUGGUGUCGCCACCGACGACCGACUUAUCGCUUCUGCUUUUGCUACUCUCAAUAGUGCUGUCAUGACUCCUCCCGGUACGAGCUCAGGUACGACCUACGGUACUCAAGAUGGAAGCGCAGCACGAUAUUCGCAGGUGCAAUCGCAAGGUUUGCCGCAUGCAGCUCACCUCUCGUCUUCUGCUAGCGGUAGUGGUAUGCCUAGAAGACAUACAGUCUCGCACUCCUAUUCGGGUUUGAGCGAGAUGUCUUACUUGCCUGGUGGUGGUGUUCAUCCGUCGAGCGAAACGGGUGAUGGUAGCAUAAUGCACUCUGGUGAUGUCUCUGCGUUUGGACCUGGAAGUGUUUCGGGUAUCAGCGAACCAGCGCAAUCCGGUUCCCUGCUUAACAGCCCUGCUUCUUCCUUACACGGCUAUCAUUACGUACAAGAUCUUCGCCACGUAUCUAGCUCAAUCCCCUUGCGUCGUUCUUGCCAAGAAUUUCCCGAUUGGCCCAAUGUGCCAGGACAUACCUCUUCCAGCACGGCUUCCAACCCAGCCUAUGCUUCCACCACCAGCGGCACCUCUUCAUCAGCGACCAACCACGCAACAGGUACCCAUCCGUCUGCGCAAGAAACGCGCAAAGCCUGGCCGAACAACUUUGUUCUGGAAUAG